AUGGCUGGAGUAUGUUCGGCGUCGAUAAAUUCGGAGGAGAACGGAGCUCCCCCAACCGAGCAGAUGAUGACUGUUGCGAUGCCGAGGUGCGAGGGGUGGAUACCACAAAGAGCUGGUCGGGCAGAUGGGAGCCGUGGAUUGACGAGACUGGCAAAAUACGAAGCAGAAGAAGAUGAGAUGAGGUUGAGAUUGAGCAGUUGA